CUUGAAAAUACGUGACCUUACUGGAUAGGCGGUAGUUCGAAUGAGCGACGUUUAUUUCGGUAACGCUGGUAAAUCCUGGCAUUCGUGCUUAGAGAAGUGUGAAGAAAAUCACGUCUACCAGUAGUUAAUGGAAUCUUUUGUAGCUACAUCUUUCGGCUUCGAGCAGUACCUUCGCUUGUCACACUCUCAAAUUAAGGCCAUCCGACAAGCAUUUUAUAAUGCUGCUGCUUUUAUAAUUCUUUCUUUAAUAUGCGUUGCCAUUCUGGCAGUUUAUUAUACGCUCCAGGUUUUUGUCAGACCUCUUUUGUGGGCCGUUUUGUGCGGGACGGUGUUAUAUCCAUUUAAAAAUUCGUUAACUGAUGUUAUUCGUGGAUGGGUUAGGCGUGUUGAUGCAGAAGAUCAGUUGCUUUUAGUAGAGACUGUUGUUGUACCGUUCCGAGUUUCUAAUGCUCUCUAUUCCAUUUUAAUCAAGAAAAUGUCUGAUCACUGGAGUUUACUUAAAACAUCUCUGUUUCUUCUCCUCGCUUUCAACAUUUCUUCCUACUUUGAUUUUUUCUGGCUCCCUGGAUUAUCUAUAAGUAUCUCUUACUUCUUAAUAUCAUUCGUUGAUUGCGUCUUAGAAUUUACAUCGUUCAAAUUGGUAAAUCUAACUCAGUUUUCUAGAUUUACAGGUUAUUACUCUAGGUAUUAUCUACGGCAUGAUUGCUUUAUUAAAACCAUCCAAUUUCCACUUCGUGUACAGUGUGUCACACUUUUUCUGGCUUUCAUUGCUGUUGUGGUGUACAUCGUUUGGUGGGGUUCUAAGGAUACCCGUAUUUUUAUUUUCUGUUGCAGUCUUGAUAGUUGGCUACUGGGGUUUCACUGAAGAAGCUGAUGGCAGUUGUCAAGGUCAGAUAUUUACGUCCACAUUCAGGAUAACAUUAAAUUAGCUUGUAUUUUUUCUGUAAGCCUUUAGAUUAUUGUUUUAGACUUUGUUAUGUGAUUUAGUUGCACUUAUGUUUAGUUCAGUGGUACUUUUCAUCUUUGCAAUUUUGUUUCCAGCUGUUAUUUCUUGUUGGGUUUGGAAGUCUAUUAUUUAUUUACUUAAACACAUCAAUACUGAUACAAAGGGGCACUAAAUAUGUAUGUCCCACACUUCAUCUUUAGAUUUAUGUGGGGGCUGGGAAACUGCCCGGGCGCCCGAACCGAGGCAGGUGGUUUUAUUUGGAGGCCACUCCCCAAGCCCUUCACCUCGAGGUCUAGUCCACAAGCCAGUGGAGCAACGUCAGAUGUCACAUAGUAGCCUGUUACCAACAAUAGGUUUGUACGUCUUUUUGUCCCUCAGGAUCACGGAGCCCAUGUGCACCCUUGGUUUGGAAUCAGGGUCUCCUAACUUCUCUGGGUGGAUCCUCUGUACUUAUCAACUCAGUUAAAGGGCCGGAAAUUCGCUUUUCGUUCUCAUUUUCGUAAGCAACAACCCCUCCACGAGGCAGUGAUUAGGACUUCCCUGACGGUGUAUGUAUACGUUUGACCAUGUGUGAGUAUUUCGAGAGCGGACUCUCCCCACCCUCGGCUGUACUAUGACAUUUAAGGGCAUUGGUUACUGUAAACAGGUUGGUAACAAAUAGUGAGAUCAUUAUAAUGCAAAUUACUGUAGUUAGUUCAAAAAGUUACCUCAGAACUAUCAAAAACAUCAUAGUAGUUACGAUUGAACCAGCGCGUAAGCGAAAGCAGACUGUGAGCGCACGAAUAAUUUAAUAAUUGUAAUGUUGGAUAUAGAUUGCUGUAUUCAGCACACUGGCUUGUUAAUAAAUCUGUCUUUUUUCAAGUCCCCAAGUAGCUGAAUAUGUUCAGUAAAUCUACUGGGUAUAUAAGCAUAGUAGAAACAUGUUCUUAUAAUAUGUUGACGUUAUGUUACUUCCCAAGACUUUGUUAACAUCAAAUUUCACUAGUCAACUUGUUAUUUGGGAUUGUUUACUAAUUUUUAACUUUUGCUGUUUGCAGAACGGUGGGCUUCUUGCCAUACUGUUACUGCAUUAGAUGGGGGAUCUCCCGAGUUAAUUAGGAGUGCAGUUUCCUGUGACACACUGGCAGAAGUUAGUACGGAAUUCAGUAAGCCUUUCGAGGGUUCUACUCAAAUACACCAAAGUCAGACAAAAAAGGAAGAACAACAGCGUCAAACUGGUCUUCCUCUAAGAUGGUCGCAGUUUCUGAGGCAAGCUUUCCUUCCAGUACAGACAGGAUCGUCCUAUGGAUUUGAUCCAGUUAGUGAGCUCCGAGCUUUCAUGUCUGAACAGUUGUGUUUAUCUUCCGCAAAAUCAUGGAGUGCAAUAUUGGAAGGAAAAGGGUUUCGUGCGAGAGGUAGUUCACUUCCUAGAUCGGAAAACAUUUUUGACGCAGCUUGUACAAACGAUACUUGUUAUCCUGACAGUUCAUUUGUCAAUCGCUGUUUUCUUGCAUUAUUAUGGGCUCAUUUUCUCGUCGCUAUUUGGCUUUAUCAAUGGCCAUUAUAUUUGAUUUGUUUUAUCUUAAUUUUCUUUGGGAUUUUUCGUCUAUCACUUUGUUUAAAACUACAAGAACUAUCACAUUGGGUUCUUUAUAAACUGAACAGUCUAUUACAGACCAUUACUCCGAAUUUGACUAUGGAACAAAGAAAAGCUUAUUUAAAGUCGGUCGUCCCUAGGCCUGUGCACGGAUUGCUUACAUUAUUGGGAUAUUGCGAUAGAAAACUUUGUCGUUACUUGGACUCAUGGGUAGACAGUGUAGUCAGCCUUUUUAUUCUUGUCUUCUUUAUUUUCACCUUUUGUCUGCUGACAAUGUUUUUAGCAUUUCAGAUUCACAAUGAAAGUAUUCAUUUGGUAUCGCUAACAAGUGAUUUUAUCAAUAAAGCGUUGAAUAGUGAAGCAUAUAGUUGGCUUCCUAGAAGGGAACAAGUUGAUGGAAUGUUUAAUGUUUUAGUUACAAAUGCUUAUCAAGCUGGACGAAGUUGGAUAUCCGAUAAGAUUAAUGAACUUUUCGAAGCAGAUCCGAAUUCAAAGGCAAUAUUAAAAGAACAACUUUUAUAUUUGUGGGAGAAUAUUUAUAAUUCUUUUAUCAAUCAGUCAAUGAACACUACAUUGAUGACUAAUCAAUCAGUCAUUAAUAAUCAAACUUUACCGUUCUUGUUGCAUAAUCAUAUAAAUUCCAAUGCAAUUACUCCACGUGGGGUUGGAAGAGUUUCAUUGAAUCGAUUUUUUAUCAAUACUACUCGGAUAUUUAAUCGCCACGCUUUAAGUUCAGUGAGUGAUAUUCAGUUGUUUAUUUUUUCUAAUUGAUUAGAAUCAUGUUUGCCCUCUUACUUCUGCUGGUCAUUGAUGAUGUUAAGUUCUGGAUACGAAAAAUGUGAUCUAAUUAACCCAUUUUCCGGGUUGAAUUAAUCUUCAAAAGUAGAAAAAUAUCUUCUUUUGUAGCAUAAAUGAUUUAAAGUUUUUUAUUUCGAAUGGACGGUCGAAGUCUACAAAAAACCAUCGUCCUUUAUAUUAUUUUCUAUUAGUUAACUAUUUGUAAACGUGUUUACAGUCUUUAGGCAAAUACGUAUUGUUAUAAUUACUUAUUGGACUGUUUUUUCAUGAUACUCAGUGUUAUAUCCGGUGAAGAUUAAAUAACAGGUAACUUCCGAGGACUAUUCAUGGACUAAUAUUCUAUAAACAUUCUUAUUGUAUAACUACUCAACAAUUACACUAUGUAUAUUUAUAUUCCUUUUAUGAUAAGCUUUAUUUUGACCUAUAAUUUAUUAUUGUACGAUUUACGGUUCUUAAGUUAUGUUCAGUUUAUUAACUACUGCCUCCCACAUUCACAGCCACUUUUUGAGCUUAUUUGUGUACAAGUAUUAUUUCCUAUUUUAUGGUACGUUGAGGUUUGUCUGAUUGAUAUAUAAACCAAGUAUGUCUGAAAUAAAUGAUCUGCUCUGAUUCGGAAGCUGGUAUUGUGUUCUGUACUCAAAUGGAAGGGCUCGUAGGACAUAGGACCAAUAAGGACGCUAAACUGCCCACACCGGUUGAACGUCAUUGGUUGGCCUAGUGUGAAGAUUCGUAUAAGUCGUAUUCGGAUUGGUAGAUAAAUCGUGCGAUAGAAAAACCAGACAUCCAAGGUCAUAACACUCAGCGCUUCAUCAGCCCAGUUAUAUGGUAGGCGAAAACAGCGAGCAUACGUAAACGUAUUUGCCUAAUGCUCAAAUGAAUAAUACUAAUAAUUCAUGCUUGUUUGUGUGGGUAGCCACAAUGAUUUGGAGCGUAACUACGCAGACUGAUUGUAGUGGUAUAAAACGUCCAGUUCCUCAUCAUAACUCUUUCAAGCUUGGAUUUGACUUGGUUUAUAGCAUUUACAUACUUAGUAUCUUUCCAAAUUUGAUUUUUGUUUAGUUUGUUUGUGAUUUUCAAACAGAACUUGGGCACAUUUGCAACUAUCACAGAAUCAGUAUGGGGUUUGAUGCGUAGUAAUGUGAAUUUAAUUGCUCAGUUAAUAACAACUUUAUUUUCAUUGAUAAUGAGUGGUGGGCAUGUGGCAAUGAAUUUUAUGAUUGCUUUUGUAAGUUCCAUAUACUGGUAGAUUAUUAGUUACAUGCUUUUCCACAAUACAUAUUAUACUAUUUGUAAAUUUGAAAGGUCAUUUACGAAAGAGGUAGGAAAAUUCAUCAUAACAAAUUACACCUUUUGUACUUAUUUAGUCGAUGUACAGUUCACCAUUUAACUACAUAUGUAUAUACUUCAUUUGUAAUCAUGUCUAAAAUAUAGGCUUAUUAGUAGUAUAUAUAAGCGAAUUGCACUAAUUCAAUCAAUUUCUAACCAAAUCAAAGUUAGUUUCUAUGAUUUUUAGUUAUCAUGUCUUUAUUCAUUGCAUCAUUAGUACCUACAUGUUAUAACUGAUUCAUUUCCAAUGUGUGUGUGUGUUUGUAUGAUUAAUACUAACGUUUCUAUUUUUAGUUUGGU